CAGCCCGAGAUGAUGCGCCCCAGGCCCGCCGCCCCGCCCUAAAACGCCUCGCCCGACAGCGGGAACGGGAGCUAGCCCGGGUCGCGACUGCGCUGGUAGCGCAGCGCCGAGGCGGGAGGGCGGGGGCCGCCGCGCGCCGCUCCCGGGACGCCGCCCGGCGCCUGCUGCACGGAGCUGCGAGGAACCUCCAAAGAGCAGCGCAGCACGGCCGGCGCUCCGCGUCUCCUGGCCCAGCCCCUCCGCACCUGCGGCGGCGGAGUGAGGCCCUGCCCGGCUCUGCCCUGCCCUGCCCUGCCCUGCCCCGGCGGCGGCCCCUCCUCCAGGAAGCCGGAUCUGCCGCAUCCUUGUCGCCGGGCCAGCCGCCCAGUCCCGGGCGCGCUGGGCACCGCCGCACCAGCAGCAUGCGGCCACCGGCCGAGCCCCGCGGCCCCCCUCCGCUGCUCCUCGUCCUCCUCACGAACUUUGUGAUGUCCUUUGGAAAGGAGACAUUACAGACAACAGCAGUUACUCCACAGUUUCAGAAAAAUAUGGAUUAUGUGGACUUUAUCCAUUUAAACAUUUUAGAAAAGAAAAUUCUUAACAAUUCUGAGGUUUCAGUUCAGUAUUUAUGUUCUAAGCCUUGUAUUAUCAGUUUGGAAGCAGUAGCUUCCUCCGAGUUCAGGACUGGUGUACCGGUAUAUAGAAGGAGAUGGAAGGAUGAGAAGAACCUUUAUGUUAGCAGAACUCGACAAGUACACUUGAAAUUUCCAAGCAUCAUGGUUUACAGAGACGAUUAUAUCAUCAGAAACUCAAUAAUAGUGCACAGUGUGAUACUGUACGCAUGGAUUAGUCACAAAUCAGCUAGCAACUAUGAUGAUGAGCAGAGUGAAGACUACCAAGCUGCGGUUGCCAAGAAUUACACAUUUUUAGAGGCAGUUCCACCUUUUGAACGGCCAUAUAAGGACCACAAAGUUUGUCUUCAGUGGGGUACUGACUAUUUGUGGAUGCUCCAGGCGAAUAGAAUACCUCAGUGCCCUCACGAAAGUGAUGGUGUCCAGCUUCUCGAAUUUAUAUAUGCUUCCAGUGGAGAAAAAACAGGAAUUGUGAAGAAAUUUGAACAGUUUGAAAACAGAGAACUUGAGACAGUCAGACAACAUCAGAUUGAUUAUCCCAUGUUCACCGUUUCAAUCUGGCUGUAUCUACUCCAUCACUGUGAAAAGGAUCUGUGUGGUAUACUCUAUUUUAUUGAUUCAAAAGAAAUGUAUGGUACUCCUGCUGUAUUUCUAAAUGAGGAAGGUUAUGUGCAUAUUCAGAUGCAUCUCGUGAGAGGGGAUGACCUUGCAGUGAAAACUAGCUUCAGCCUUCCUCUGAAGCAAUGGUUUCGACUGGAUAUCUCCUUUAAGGGUGGACAGAUUGAAGUAAGCAGUGUUGGGAAGAACUUGAAAAGACAUCAUCAUCAAUCUUUUACUUUUAGGGAAGAUUUCUAUUAUGAUGACAUUGCUGGAUACUUUGUUCUUGGGGGCAGUGGGUAUGUAAAUGGUAUUGAAGCGUUUUUUGGACCUGUGAAAUAUUAUCGUCUCAGUGUGUUGGAAACAGAACAGAUUUCUAACCCUCAUCAUGACAAAGACACAGUGGAACAAAUUGAACUUUACUACGAGAGAUGUAUGGACAUUCAAGAAAUAGUUUAUGACUACUCAUAUAUUGUAAGACAAGGCGAAAAAAUGCGCAGAAGUUGUUACUAUGAAAACUAUUAUUUGGAACUGAUUCACAAAUAUGGAGAAAAAUCCAAAUGUGAUGCUUUCAUGUGGGGAAAAGAGCUCAGGGAAAAGUACCACACUUUGUUCAAACUGUUACAAGAGAUGGAUUUCAGUAGUCCAGAUGUGUUAGAAGAUGGAAGUGAUACAGUUGUAGAAGUUGGCCGGAGGAUAUUUGAGAAGGUUGUGAAAGGUCUGUCCAGCGCCAAUGGCCUCAGCAAUUUGGGCUCCUCUGUGCCUCUCCUGGUGGAUUCCAGUUGUUGUGGAUGCCAUAAGGCUUCCUAUUUUCUUGCAGUUAUAUUUGAAACAGGGCUCGGUGUGUCUGUGGAUCGUAUAAAGGGACUGCUGUAUAGUUUAGUUGGUGCUCAGGGGAACGAGAGACUUUCUGUGAUGAAUCUUGGCUAUAAACAUUACCAAGGCAUUAAUAACUAUCCACUUGAUUUGGAGCUGUCAUAUGCUUAUUACAGUAAUAUUGCAAUAAAGACAUCCCUGGAUCAACACAAUAUAAAAGGGGAACAGGCAUUUGUUGAAACGGUAAGACUGAUGGAUGAUGAACUGCUAAAAGCUCAAACAAAAGAAAAUGGUGAUGUCUUUAUGUGGUUAAAACAUGAAGCAACAAGAGGAAAUGCAGCUGCACAGCAACGUUUGGCUCAGAUGCUGUUUUGGGGCCAACAAGGAGUGGCAAAAAAUCCUGAAGCUGCAAUAGAAUGGUAUGCAAAGGGUGCAAUAGAAACAGAAGAUCCAGUGUUAAUAUAUGAUUAUGCCAUUGUGUUGUUUAAGGGUCAAGGUGUGAAAAAGAAUAUAAAACUUGCAUUGGAAUUGAUGAAGAAAGCAGCAGCCAAGGGCUUGCCCCAGGCAGUGAAUGGAUUAGGAUGGUAUUACCACAAUUUUAAAAGAGACUACAGAAAAGCAGCCAAGCACUGGUUAAUUGCUGAAGAAUUGGGAAAUCCAGAUGCAUCAUACAACCUUGGUGUCCUAUAUUUAGAUGGGAUUUACCCCGGAGUACCUGGUAGAAAUCAAACAGUUGCUGCACGCUAUUUCUAUAAAGCUGCCCAAGGAGGACAUAUAGAAGGGACUUUACGAUGCUCUCUGUAUUACAUCACAGGAAAUAUGGAAGACUUCCCUAGAGAGCCGGAAAAAGCUGUAAUCUGGGCAAAACACAUUGCAGAGAAGAAUGGCUACUUAGGUCAUGUAAUCAGAAAAGCUCUCAAUGCUUAUCUGGAACUUUCAUGGCAUGAAGCUCUGCUGCAUUAUAUUUUAGCAGCUGAAACUGGGAUUGAAGUGUCACAGUCAAAUUUAGCACACAUCUGUGAAGAAAGACCAGACCUAGCAAGAAAAUACCUAGCAACUGAUUGUGUCUGGAGAUACUACAAUUUCUCUGUUUCUCAAGUCAAUGCUCCGUCAUUUGCUUAUUUGAAGAUGGGCGAUUUCUACUACUAUGGUUACCAGAACCAGUCUAAAGACCUUGAGCUCUCCAUGCGGAUGUAUGCACAGGCUGCCUUGGAGGGAGAUUCACAGGGUUUCUUUAAUCUGGCCCUUGUCAUAGAAGAGGGCAACUCCAUACCUUCCUACAUUCUGGAUCACUUGGAAAUUGAUCAAGCAUUGCAUUCUAGUAAUACAUCACUUCUUCAGGAACUGUAUUACAGGUGCUGGAAUAAUAGUAACCAAGAAUCAAUCAGUCCAUGUUCAUUAGCAUUGCUUUAUUUUUACAUGAGAGUUCUCUGGAACAAUGUUUUACACUCUACUCUGAUCUACUUCAUGGGAACCUUUCUUUUAUCUAUUCUUGUUGCAUUUGCAGUGCAGUCUUUUCAGUCUUUAUCUGCCCAUAAUUCUGCUGGAAGAAGAUCAGAACCAUUGUCAGAUGACGUCCCUUCUUCCUUAGUGAAUGAUAACGAGCAUGCUACCAGAUUACAGCAAGAUGAACCUACUCUUUCAAAUGAUUUAUCACAGCAGGAGUCAAAUCCUCAGAAUCCUCUUGUUACAAGCUGAAGCGUAGUUUUCUUGACAUCCAUUGGGAAGGUGAGAUAUGAACAACUGCGAAUCUAAGAACUGGCAACCAACCCUGUACAUGGCAUUAAUAAUGCAGGCCAACAGCUGAAGUUGUAGGGAAGUUCACUGAUCUGACUUCUCCACUGCAGAGGAAAACUGUCCCUAUAAUUUUUUUAACUCCAAACAGAUGAUGCAGAUUCUCUCACUAUACCCAACACGUGAUCAUACUGUAUGUCAUGGAAGGACCUGGAAGGAAACCUGCAAAGUCUUUGCCUAAUUGAAAAAUAAGCAAACAUCCUACAGGUUUUAAUGAAGUUCUAUUUACAUGUCUAAUCUCUUAUUAAAUUGCUUUUAUCACAUUUUAGCUUAUUUAGUGGUGAAAUUCCAAGUUUGUAUCAUGGAAAUUACAUAAAAGCAAAACCCAGUCACCAACAGUUCCAUGGAAACCAGUCAGGACUUCAGUACAUGCAAUGGUAACAGUGAGUUUUUUGGCAUUUUAUAUUCCAUGCUAAUUUUUUAAUGUGAAAAGCAUUUUGUUUUGAAAGAAAACACACCAGGAAUAUUUGCAAUAUGAUCAUAACAUAUUAGUGCUGCUGGCUAAGUUUUAGUCAAAGUUUUACAAGCGUCCACAGUUCCCUGGUGGACACAACAAAACGUUUCCCUUCCUACCAAGAGCCACUGAUUAGAGAAAGGAGCUCCCCUAAUGAGUAAAUAAAAGAAUAUUUAAGUGUGAUCAGGGGCCACAAAGUGAACAGAAAUUUGGUUUUGGAUUCUUCCACAGAUAACACUAGCAAGGAUUUAUUUCAUGUUCUACAGUAAUGCUAAAAGACACCUAGUUAAGUGACAGUUUAUUUGAUAAAUGUUGGAUGGGAAAUAGGGAUAACAUGUAUGGAGUGCAAAUGCCUUUUAUCUGAUUUAAAGCUGUCUGUAAAGUGGCUGUAGGGAAGGUCUAACCUUUACAACAGGUGUGCAGGCACCUCUGCAAAAUGAUGUAGAUCACAGACUAUAAAUUGCAUCAAUCUCUGCAUUACCGAGGGUUAAAUCCACUCGCAUUGCACUACAUUAUUUACUCUUAUAAAUAAAAAUAUUUUUCUAAUUCAA